AUGGAUUGCUACUUCCCCACAGAAUCUUCUGAAGCCGUUGCUCAUGCAUACAUCAAGGACCACCUCUGGCAUGAUCCCACAAUUACCAUUGAGACUAUAGGCCGUUGCGCUGCAUAUGCUGCGCUCUCUCGCUAUGUUGUCGGUGAAGACCUUUAUGUACCACCCCGGAACGCAUCUGAGCUUGACUACAUACUGAAGCGAUACACAACCGAUGUUCUUCAUUCGCUUGUAUCUCAAGCGAGAGAUAGUGAGCUACGCACCGCGCUCCCAAAGGCUCGCCAGAUUGCCGCUUCUUCCUUGAGUACUGUCUUGCAGAACUCGGAGCUCCUUGAGAGCCUGUUGAUCAGGCACUCGCCCCCGGAGAACGAUGUGGUUGCUCUUCCCGCGUCCUCAGCGUCUAUCGAUAGCCCUAUCCCUUCGCGAAGAAUUCCAACCGCAUAA